AUGGAUUAUUAUGAGGCUUAAUUAUAGGAAAAAGAGUAAAUGCUUCUAAAAGCUGCUUCAGUUAUUGAAAGUUUAAAAUAAGAUGUAAUUAUAUUUAAUAUACAAUUAAUUAGUUUUAAAAUUUAUUUAUCCAAUAUUAGUAAUGUGAGACUGAAAAUAAUUAAAUUAAAUCUUCCAUUUCAAAUUGGGAUUAGAUAUAAUAAAUUUAGUAACUCAAAAAUUUGCUAACUUAAGAAAUAAUUAGUUUUCAUCCUGAACAAUUUAAAACUCCAUUUGUUCAAUUCAACUAUAAAAAUGAAUUAGAAUUAUCACUCUAAAGAGAAGCCAAAUUUAAGGAUUUUCUAUUUCAUAUUAAUGAAAGCUUUAAAUUAUUAAUUGAAACAUAUUCUAAAUGCAUUGAUGAACCAAUUACAUAAGGAAUAUAAUAAAUAUUGUUUGAAUUUGAAAUUUGGGAUUAAUCCUAAAAAUAAAAUAGCAUAUUAUAACUACAAAUUGCUGAACAUCAAAUUUUUAUGUAUACUCAAUAAAUAUUUACUCAUUAAGAAAUAUCUAAAAUUUAUACUUAACUAAUAGAUUAAGAUGAAUAUCAAUCUCUGUAAAAUUAAUAAAAUAUUUAUUGCUCAUAAACAUAAUUAAUUUAAAAUGCCAUAUAAGAAAAUUAUUAAAUAACAUAAAAAAUGACCCAAAAAAUUAGUGAAUAAUAAUCUUAAAUAAAAGAGAUGAGUUAACAAAUAGCUGAAUUAAAAAAACAAAUAGAAUAAUUACAAUUAUUAAAUGAAUAAUUAAAUAACUAGAAAACAGAAUUAUAAUUAACAUUAAAUUAAUCUAAAUAGUUUUAAUCCAAAUUAUAAUAAUAAUCAAUUGAAUACUUAUAAAUGAUAGAUGAGUACGAAAGAAUAUUUUAAUAAGAAAAAGUAGAUGGAGAAGAAUACCAUAAAGUAACUGAAUUAUUUGAAUAAUCUAUAAUUGAUCUUGAGAACUUAUAAACAAAAUAUGAAAAAAAAGAAUUCUAAGUAAUAGAUUUACAAUAAUAAUUGAAAUAAAAAUAAAUUCAAUUUGAUACUACUUUAAUUGAAAUCAAAGAUCUUCUUGAAAAAUACUAAUAUUAAAAAUAAGAGAAUGUACUCAAUAAAAUUCAUUAAAUAUGUAAUAAAGGGAAAUCUAAUUGUUAAAAUAUGCCUCCAAAUUAACUUUUAUUAUAACUCUCAAAAUCUAUUUAAAAAAGAAGUGCUACUCCAUCAAAUACAAAAAAAAUAAUUAAUUGA